CGAGCGAGUGCCGACAGUGGACUACCUUAGGUAGUAACUUCUAAGUACACCGGUAUACACCCUAUUCCUAGUCCAGGGUUCGCGGUAAUCCUGCUGCAAUGCCGUCUCCCGGCUCCUUCAAGGGACCAUGGCUGCUACUGUCAUUAUUAUUGUCAGCUCACACGGAUCUCCCCUGUAGCCAUGGACUAACUGCCUUCACAUCACGGCAAUCUUGUAGCGGGGCCGCCGCGCGGUUACAUCCCUCUCUCCCAGCGCCUCUCCGAAGCCUGCCGAUGGUCUCGCACUUAAUUUUUUUUUUAAUAACAAGAUCAUAAAUAUUAUCUCAAAUCCCAAGGCUCUUCUUCUUGAGAUCGGGCAGGGGCCAUAUCUGUUUUAAUUAACCUCCUACUCUAGCUUCGCCUUCUAGGAACUUCUUCAUUCUUCCCCCCUUCUCUUUACUUUCUUUUUCCAACUUUAUCCAACGCUUUUUCCUUUCCUUUUCUUUAUAUUAUAAUCCACAGAAAAGAGAAUGCCCAUGCUCUUGCUCCACCUCCUCUAUCGCUCUGCAUAAUUCACCGGUUCCGUUCCGCCACGGCCAUUCUUCCAUAUACGCCUGCCCGUGCUUCACUGGACGCCCUCCGGGAAAGGCUGCAUGGGGAUGGGGAGUAAUCAGUCAGGGGCCGCCUUAUCUACACCGUCAUCAUCAGCCUGUGCUCUCUGUUCAGUCGGCAGUCUGUGUACGAUUGCGUGGGAUUUUUAUUGAGCCAAGUGGUAGAUCUGUUUGAUAUUCGCCCCACGCCCUCGAGGGAGGCGAUGGGGAAGAAGAGACGGAGGACUAUCCCUUCAUUUCGCUCGUCGCUUCGUUCUAUCCCAGAAUUCGUCCCUGUUGAAUCCAGCAGAAAGGGUGAAAACAAAAAGUAAUUGCUUUCAUUGAGAGGGAAGGAAAGCCAUUCGAAGAUAGCGCGAUUCCUUCCAACAAAAAGUUUGCAUCGUUCAUACCGCUUGUGCUUCAAACUUGCCUCAAAAAGGAAAGAAAGAAAGAAAGAAAAACAAAACGAAAAAAAAAAGGAAGACAUCGUCUGAAUACCCUUCCCCGCCUGCCACCUCACAUCCAACCGCCAAACAAAUGUCCGCUCAAUCUACCGGGACUUUCGGGGGGUGCCCUCCUUAUCAGCUUCCGCCACCUCGCGCGUCUGCUGCCUCUCUGCCCCUAGGGACGAAACCCUUCCUCUCCUACUACGCACCCGCAGAGCGCAGCGAUUCUCCAUCAGCGCCGCAUUCCAACGAUAUCCGAUCCUCCGCCACCAGAAAUGAACCCUUACCUUCAGUCAGCCAGCUGCUCACACAUACAUCUUCCCCGAGCCCUCCACUUCACUACCCCCCGCCCUUCGAACCCUCUCCUCCCAGGGACUUCCCACAACCCGCUCACCACCACGAUCAUGGCCUUAGUAUCAAGUUGUCUCGAGCCUUCAUAUUCGGGGACUCAACCUCGCCGCAGAAAUCCCGCCCGCGUCGCCAGUCUGGGGGUUCGCCUCUGCUGUCGGACGCUGCUCUCCAAGACUCGGGGGCUAAAUCGCGGCCGCUCUCUGCAACUAACCUGAGUACAUUAUCAUGGAUUUCUCACGAGGGUUCGCAUCUCUAUUUCAGUAAUGAACAUCAUGAGGGAGAGCAGAAUACGGGCAUCUCGCAGUCUAGUAAUGCCGACUCCGGGUUAGCAACCGGCAAUCACACCCAGAAGAAACCUCCAAUCCGGCCUCAUGUGGUCGAUGAGAGAUACAUAGAGGGAGAAGGUUUGUGCUACAUAUACGCUGACGGCUCGCAUUGCCCCAAGUCUAUCGACGGAAUGCCAGUCAACGCCAAUUGGGGAAUCACAAAGGCUGGCAAGCCCAGGAAGCGCCUGGCCCAGGCCUGUUUGACCUGCAGAGAGAAGAAAAUCAAGUGCCAACCGAAUCUUCCCAGAUGUGACCAGUGUCAGAAGUCCGGAAGAGAUUGCAGGUUUGAGAACGCACCUCGGGGUCACCGAGCCGUGAAGGUGUCCCAUCAGGCUGGGCAAACGAGCAGGUCGGAUGCAAAAGAUAGUCGCUCUUCAUUCUCCAACAGCCAUUCGGUGCCUCCCAAUCCCUUCCAUUCCGUGAAUAGAACCUCGAACAGCCCAACAUCUAUUCCGAGUGGGCCAUCUCCCAUAUCCGAGUCGUCCAUAUUCACAUCAUCUGCACCAGACGGUGUCCAUGAAGGUGCCCCGGAUGGGGAAAUAGGACACAAGGCGGGAUUGAAAGGGUCUAACCGGUCCUCCCUGGAACUUCCCCAGCAUCAAGUUGAAAGCAUCGGGUCCUAUGCGUCGCCGGACUUCGCAGAGCUUCUGAUGGAAGUGAAGCACUUGGAUCGUGACGAUCCGCUCACCUGCGAUUGGAACACGGAUCCAUAUGAGGCAGAUCCCGAAUUGACAACUCAUUAUAUCGAGACAUACUUCAAUUAUGUCAACGAUACACUAUACUACAUGCUCCCGCGUGGCCGAUUCUUCCUGUGGUUGAAUUCCUCUCGGACGAAAUCGCUUGCCGACAAAAUGCUGCUUUAUUCGAUGAUGACGCUGGGCUCUGUCUUCUCCAACCGUCCAGAUAAAUUGACGGCCCUGAAAAGAUAUUCCCGGACUGCGCGCUACGCCAUUGAACACAGCCAGCAUCUUUUCACCUUACAGCUAGCCCAGAGCCGUAUCAUCUUAAGUCUAUGGUACUAUGCCAUAGGUGCCUUGGUCAAAUCCUGGGAUUCGAUCGGUGGAGCAGUACGGACAGUCUGCGGGCUAUGCUAUAAUAUCGAGUCUGGGGGCGUGACUGCUGGCCAGACUCAGGUUUGCGAGUAUGGAUUACAUCCUCAAGCGCUGCUGGAGUGCCGUCGGCGAACCUUUUGGGUUGCUUUCUUAGUGGAACGCCUUACGACUCUGUACGCUCCGUCAUCCGUCUUCAUUCCGUCUCAAACCGCCCUGUUGAGAUUACCGUGCCGGGAAGACAUAUAUGAAGCACAGGAAUACGGAACGGUGCCGUAUUUCCAGGACUUUUUAAAUAAGGAGGCAUCGUCGAUAAAGGAAGGAGAUGUUUCAGGGCUCAGCUUCAUGGCCUUUUUAAUAAGCAUUGUGACACUCUGGAGUGACGUGUCGCAGCACAUCUUCUACUCACCUCACAUUCCAGCAGAUGCCUAUGCAAGAAUUUUCAAGGAGUUCCAUACGACAAUCGUCUGGCGUGCGGGAGAAUGGACGAUGAAACUUCCCGAGAACUUGACAUUUACAACGGAAAAUCUGGAGAGAAGCAUCCGCAUGAGGAAAGGGGAUGCUUUCAUUUCAGUCCAUCUGUUGUACCACGUUACUUUAAUGAAGCUCAACAGAUAUGUUCGGUAUCGAAACCUCCCAUCCGGAACAGUCGAUCAAUACAUCCAUAAUGCCCAACACCACGCCGCGGAGAUCCUGCGCAUCUGCGUCUCUCUAGCCCGUUGCACAGCUGACCAUCGCUCUCGCCCUGCGCGAUCUUCCCACAGUGAGCCGUUCCUCUCCCUGAAAGCAGCACAUCUGAAUCCAUUCCUCGGUUACAUCAUCCUUACUGCCGUGGACGCUGUCAGCGCUGCCGGUCUAAUGACCGACCUACGGGACUGCAUUGCGCUCCUUCAGGGUGGUCUGGACACGAUCAAAGAACUCGGUCACUACUGGGGCAGUUCGUUGCAGCUCGCCUCCCACAUCGAAGCCCGGAUUGAUCUCAUGGCUGACUGUCUCCGCCAUGAUACCGGUAAAGCGGGCUGGAUUCUGGAUGGAACGCCUCUACAUACGCGUGUGCGUGUCGGCAACGCGGCCCAGAGACAGAAUCCCACCGGGGGGGCAAUUAACCAGGAUCUGCUGUAUGGAGGGUUGCCUCGUGAACGACUCUUUCGGGCUCUGGGCCUUCCAGGUGUUUCUGAGGAUGACAUUCUCUGCAUAAGUGAUGGUUCUCAUGAUUCACCCGUCUUGUCCAGCAAUGGAUUGAAAUAACUCUGACAUGGUCCAUUAUCAAUCUCAAAACCACCUUAUUAACGUUCAGAUUACCAAGUUUUGGCUGGAUCGAUCCAGCCUCUGAAAUCUGCACUGAAAGAUCUUUCGCUGGUACCUGACUUAUCGAAGUCCUGUUUGGUCAGUUUUCUUCUCGGAUCGAAUAAAUUUUCUUCCCAAAGGGAGGGUUACUCUGGCCGACCACUAGCAACGCCGUCAUUUGGCCCAUUAACAGCUGCAGAAGAUUGCAAGUUGUCUCUGAUUCUGUCGGACAUCAUUACCUAGGAUUUUCCUGGGCCCCGAUAAAUCAAGCUCUUUCUCACGCUUCAAGUAUCUAAGUGACUGACCGAAGAUGAUCGCCCUUGAAUAUCCUUUCGCGGGCUCUUAUUGAGAAGAGUAUCGCCAUCUGGAGCAAACCAUCUGCAACGAACCAACAGGUAUAAGCUCAUUUUGGUGGAAAGGAUCAUAACCACGUCUUAACAAAUGAAGAGACGAGUUAGCCUACCUCCACCUACUAUUCUGAAUCCCGCUGAGCCUACCGCUCUUUGGAAUGAUAUUUCAUAUCUGGACCCUAUUUCAUAGGAUAA